AUGGAGUUGACUGAGAGCUGUGAGUGGCACUUUCCCUUUGGAGAUGAGAGGCUGGGGAGGGACUGCCUGCCCCUCAUCCCAGUGCUCUGGGGACGCUCCGCCCCCCCCACCCGUCACCGCCGGUGGCGCCCCGCUAGGCGGGAGGACACGGGGACACUGUGUCUCCGGCUCCCCGCGCACGGUGUGCUGGGCUGGCGGCCCGGCUCUGUGAGUCCCGUGCACGCCCAGCUGCUCCAUCAGACGCCGGCGGCCGAUCGCGCUGACAGCUCUGUCCAGGUCCAGAAGAGCUCUGCUGUUGUCCAGAGGAAGUCCUAUGUCCCCAGCAGCCGUGGCGAGUAUGUCAUUGCCAAGCUCGAUGACCUGGUCAACUGGGCACGGCGGAGCUCCCUGUGGCCCAUGACCUUCGGGCUGGCCUGCUGUGCCGUGGAGAUGAUGCACAUGGCAGCCCCUCGCUACGACAUGGAUCGCUUCGGGGUCGUGUUCCGGGCCAGCCCCCGCCAGGCCGAUGUCAUGAUCGUGGCAGGGACCCUGACCAACAAAAUGGCCCCGGCGCUGCGCAAGGUCUAUGACCAGAUGCCAGAGCCUCGCUACGUGGUGUCCAUGGGGAGCUGUGCCAACGGUGGGGGCUACUACCACUACUCCUACUCCGUGGUGAGGGGCUGUGACCGCAUCGUGCCCGUGGACAUUUAUGUGCCAGGUUGCCCACCCACAGCUGAAGCUCUGCUCUAUGGGAUCCUGCAGCUGCAGAGGAAAAUCAAGAGGGAGAGGAGGAUGCAGAUCUGGUACAGGAAAUAGCCUUUAUUUAUGUCCCCACUCACUGUCCCAGGGCACUGCUCACAUUUACGCACAAAUCCGGCUCCUCACGCCUUCCAAUAAAACUCUACCUGGUCCA